AUGGCCGUGUUAGGGCCGUGUGUGAGUGGAAAUAUGAACGGGCAAAGUAAUAUCCAUAGUCAGUUAACAAAAUCAUUAGAAAGAAUUUUGGAAGAUGCGUACCUUAGUGGUGAAUUAAAAUUAAGUGGACGUAAACUUAGAGAUUUUCCGAAACCUGUGAAAUAUGACUUGAGUGAUACAGUUGUUGCUGAUUUAUCAAAGAAUCGGUUCAGUGAAGUGCCAGAUGAACUCACGACAUACGUUUAUUUAGAAAAGUUACUUUUAUCACAAAAUGUUAUCAAAAGCAUCCCGGAUGGCGUCGGCGGCCUGCAGUCCCUUACAUAUUUGGAUCUCAGUUCGAAUCAACUGACGGAAUUACCGCGUGAGGUGUGUCAGAUGCCACUGCAAGUCCUCCUCGUGCAAGACAACUUGCUCACCACGCUUCCCAAGGAGAUCGGUAAGAUGACGUCACUGGCUGAACUGGACGCCUCCAGCAACAGACUGACGCAGGUUCCGAUGACCCUCGGAGAUUGUUCGGGUCUGCGAGCGCUCGACCUCAGUAAUAAUCAGCUGGGAUUGCUUCCGUUGCAAAUAACAUACUUGCGUCUCGAAUAUUUGGACGUUAGCUGCAAUUGCAUAUCGUCUCUGCCUCUGGAACUACGGAACAUGGACACGCUGGUCACCCUUAAUCUGGAGAACAAUCCUCUUGUUUCGCCACCCACCACUGUAUGCAUGCGCGGGCGCGUGCACAUCUUCAAAUAUUUAGAGAACAUGGCGAACAAAGACACGUUGCCCUCGCACAAGAGAGUCGAAGAGACCCGAUGGUCGACCAAACAUAACUCGUACGUUAUCAGCUCGCCCACCCAGAGCGUAACCCAUCAGAUUACCUCCGGCAACGCUACUAUAGACUGCCUCAGGCAUAAGCCGCGACACGUCGUGGACAGCGGCUACUGUACAGACGGAGUUGAUAAACGGUGGUCGAAUGAUGCGGGCGGCGAGGCAGGCGGCGGGUCGGGUCGCUCAACGCCGAGCACCCCAUCGACGCUGUCCCCGGGGACCGCCCUUUCUCGGGCGCAGUCCCUCUCCAGUGAGACUCCUCUGGCGAACCCCUCGCCUCUGCUCUCCGGACAAUACAAAGAAGCCCUAAGACAGCAACGCCAGCAAGACAUAUACCGUCCCCGCACAGAACAGUCCUCCCCCGAGUCGGAUUCCCCCCACCACCUCAGCCCCCUCCACCACAAUUCCUCUCCCCAUCCCCCGAUAAACGGCUUUGGCAACACCUCCCCGAACCUCUACCGAUCGAUUUCUUCCAAUUCCAGUGCUUCCCCGAACACCUCACAAGUGCCAAACUCGCCCCUCUUACACUCGACCCCGCGGCGGUACCAAAACGGAAGCACCGAUAAACAGGAAGAGAACAAAAGGCCAGUCCAGAAGGUGGUCCCGUCGAGGAACGUUGCCAAAGUGUCCGCCGUCAAUGGUAAUGCGGAUUACAAUCGCGUGAACGGUCAGCUCGAAGCUUACGUGAAACCUAGUUCCCCCACCAAGUCUCCAACGAACACUUUAGGCUACAAUAGCUUAGGGAAGUCCAGUAUACCGAGGCAAGUGAACGGAGACAGCGCGAAGUCGGUCACGACUUCCGUAACGCAAGUGAGAGGCAUGAUACCGCAGCCCGUAGGCAAGAUGGCGUGGAACAAAGAGACCAGCGCUGAGAAAUUAAGUUUCACCAUGAAGAGGGAAUUCGAUAAGCAGAAGGAGGAGUCGGAUCUGAUAGAGCAGUUGAGGACGAUAAUAGAGAGCCGACUGAAGAUGUCGCUACCGGAGCAGAUAGCGCCAGUACUCGCGGACGGCGUCGUCCUGUGCCACCUCGCCAACCACGUGAAGCCGCGGGCCGUGGCUUCCGUGCACGUGCCUUCACCGGCACAGCCCAAAUUGACAAUGGCAAGAUGUAGGAGGAACGUAGACAAUUUUAUCGAGGCCUGUCGGAAAAUUGGCGUCGAAGAGACGGAGCUGUGCGACGCGCGGGACGUGUGCGCGGGGGAGGGGCUGGCGCGCCUGGCCGCCGCCGUGCGCGCGCUGCACUCGCUCGCCCCUCCGCCGCCCGACCCCCCCGCCCCCCACCACGUCGCCCCCUACGCGCGCGACGAACUCGUCCGCUACGACAGAGAAAAGAUGAAGCUCGUUUUAAAGGACAACCUGAACGAACAAAUCGAGCCGCUGACCGAAGAUAAGGAAAGAUUCUAUUAUACUUGCCUCUGUCUAGGCACGUUUUUCGUGUCGACAUUAAUAUUGAUCUUGUAUCCCCUGUAGAUGUAGAUUUAACGCGGACAUGAAUGUAGUAGCUUGAUUUCUCGUAGUGUUUGUCGUUUAUUUUGAAGACAAAAGCGACGUAUUGUAGUACCCUGUGAAAGAAAUAUUUACUUAUACAAAAUGAGAUACUUAACUAUAUAAAAAUAAAAUUGGUUGAGGAAAACAUCACGACAUUCAACAUAGUGAAGAAGUUUUUAAGGAAAUGUAUUAGGAUUGAACGACGCUGUGUUGAACGGAGCUUACAAAUAUUUGCCUUUGGUCGCAGUCUGACUGUGCCUUGCGGUCUGAAAUGAAAUUUUGAGGCCGCACACGCGCCUUGUCUUUUGAGGCUGAAUGAAUGGAAUUUGUUGGAUGUGUACGGAACCGUUUGAAUGUUGAAUGAAAAUGUUGCUUGCAAAAAAAAAAAGAAGUUUGAAGUUCGGAAUGAACUGUGUGAAGUUUGUAGUGUUUUGUUUUUGAGAUUUCGUUUAGAUCAUAAAAAGAAAAACGGAUUUUAUUCUGUAGAACACGUUCGUAAUUUCAACAGUGAUUACAAAAAAAUCUGAAAAUUAAUUCGAAGAUUCAUUUUGUAAGAAAUAAUAUUGAUGAAACAUUGUGCAUUAAAACGGGGAUUCCCCAAGAGUCGAACGGGAUCAAUUUUAAUAGAUAAUCGAGUGAAUAUUAAAACGAACUUAAAUGAAAUGUUUAGUAAAGAUCAUACAUUCAAACAUCUGUUUUUCUUUUUCUUUUUAUGAACUGAUUGAUACUAAAGAAACCCGCCUUGUAAAUUAUAUCUUAGUUACCGAAAAUGUAUUAAUUCGUCUGUUUUAUUGAUUCCAUUGUUUUGAAGUUCAUUCCUUUGUGGGUGCAUUUAAAAUUAUUUUAGAAUUUAAGUUUUAGGAGCGUUGAUUAUUUCCCGACAAGGUUGCACAGAACAC